CCUUUUCCCCCUCCUUCCAUUUCCUUCAUCUUCAUCCUCCAGCCAAACCACAAGUUUUCUCUGCAACCAUCCAAACCAGUCCCCUGCAGCAGCAGCUAGAAUCACUAUAUGCGAAAGGAGGCAAUUAGAUUAGAAUGAGCAACAUUCCAACUUCCCUCACAGACUCAGCUCUCACGCUCUUCAACCUCGCCAUCUCUUCCUCCGAUCCCUGGCCUUUCUCUGCUUUCUUCUUCUUCUUAUAAUCCCCUGCCUCCGCUUCCAGAUUCCGUUUCCGCCAAUCCGGUGCCAAUUUUUUUGUUUGUUUGUUAUGGGGAGCAGUAGCGUAGCGUCGGAGGAGACUAUUAUUCACGCGAUGCCAGCCGCAGCAGCUGCCGACAACCACGGCGGCGGAGGAGGAGGAGGAGGGGGAAAGCACCACCACCACCACUUCCACAUCCACUUCCCGCACCUGGAUCUGUUCCACCACGGCGGCGGCGGCGGGCCGAAGAAGGGGAUGGUGGCGAUCAUCGUCGGGGAGGAAGGGGAGGAGCAGCAGAGGUUCGUGGUCCCGGUGAUCUACAUCAACCACCCGCUGUUCAUGAGGCUGCUGAAAUCGGCGGAGGAGGAGUUCGAUUUCCACUACCAGAAGGGGCCGAUCACCAUCCCCUGCCACGUGGAGGAGUUCCGGAGCAUCCAGGGCUUGAUCGACCGGGAAACCAACAACCUCCACCAUCACCACCACCACCACCUCCUCUGCUUUUGGGUUUGAUUGAUCGAUUUGAUUCGCCAUUGUUACUACUAAUACACAUAUACUUAUUAUAUUUCAUGUAAUUAUUUUUGGUAUCGAUUGUUAUUGUUAUUAAUCGAUUUAAUUGUGUAAAGCUACCGCGUGUUGUUAUCUUUGCUGAUUAAUUUCGGUUCAUUAAUUAUGUUUGGUGGGGAAUAUAGAAGAAGGGGAACAAGUGGGGGAGGUGGCGGUGGUGUUUGUGUGGUUGCUAGAUUGCUAUUAACGUACCAAUCUUAUGGUGGUGACAACGAUGAUGAUGAUGACGACGACGUGGAAAAAGCAUAUGGUAACAAAGGAGAGGAAAAAGGAAAAUGUGUGGUUUGUGAUUAAUUGCAACGUUUGUUGGAUUGAUACAUACCAAUAAGUAUGGUUCAAAGCGGUGAGAAAUGAUGGUUGGUGUGAUAUAGUUGAUCAUAGACAUUACAUACUCUGUAUUCAUAAUCGUCCUGUGGUUGGUCAGUCGAGUUCGAGGUCGAUAAAUUUAUCAUGAAGCACGGAUCGGAGCGGGUCGCGACUUAUAUGAAUGUGUAAUUUAAAGAGAGAACAUUUGAAAACAUAGAAUUUUCAUCAAAUUACAACAUGAUAAAUGUAGUUAAUGGUUGAGAAAAAGGACGGUUCUCACCAAUUUAUAAUCUUUUAUAGCUAAAAUACAAGGUAAUAGUAUUAGGACGCGGGCAGAUUUAUGAGAUUACCUAUGCAAUGUCAUGCUCAACCCAGUCUACAAUAUACGAGUGUUGCCUGCCCAAAUAAGUCAAAUAGAUCAAAUAAAAUGGGUCAUAUAGAAAUUGUCAUUCUUUUAUGUGAAAUGGGGGAAAAAAUUAAAGGUGGUUUUAUAAAAGAGAAAUGUUAAAGGUUGUUUAAGAUUUUGCUUUUGCUUUUAUAACUUUUGUUGAUGCAAUUUGGGGUGGGAAAGCCAAGUCUUCCAACUUUCUUGUAAGUGAGAGAAAAAAGUAAUUGGUGCCAAGUUGGGAUGUCAUGCAAACGUAUGGCACACGUUUGGCCUUUGGGCUUAUUGGAGGGUUUGUUUGUUGUUGUGGUUGGAUGAGAUGAGCGCCGUUUGGAAGGAAAAAAGGCAAAAUACGUACCCCAACGACCUCAAACCUUCCUUCUUGCUUUGCUUGUGCAAUAGCGUUUUGCUUGGUUGGGAGUUGGGGCCUUUUUUUCCCUCCUUUAAAAAGUCACAUUCCAUUCCUUGCUCCUUCAAUUUUGCUUUUUCUAUGAGAUUACAUGAUUAGGAUGCUUUUAUCUAACAAACAUUGAUAGGAGUUUGAUUUGAAGUUGCGAGUGGAGCGAUUGAUUGGCCUAUUCACAAGAGGUUGAAACGGAUUCGAGCAGGUGGUAUUUGCUAGAUGAGAACAUGAACUGAUAACAAUUAUAUGCGUACGAAUUUGAUGAUUCUUUUUGAGAAAUGAAAUUUAGGUAAGUUAUGAUUCAGACUCUUAUCAUAAUGAUAUUGCAGACAAUCAGUUUCCUAAAUUUGCACGCUACAAAAAAAAAAUUAUUUAAUUUCUAUAUGAUUAGCUGUUGUAAAUGUGUUUACUUUAUGAAUUUCUCUGAUGAGAAAUGGGGUGUUUUUUUUUUGCUUUGAAAAGAAAAAAGCAAACGAAAAUGGCAACUUCCAUGUAGUUGUGGUAUCAUCAUGUUUUGCUGUCUUCCAUAUCCAAUAGCACAAUAAUUUCACUUUGAGAAAUAUGAAGUCAAGCAUUAAACUAUCCAAUCCACGUCACCCGCAGCUCCUAAUUAUUUGUAUAGGGCUCACAACAAUAAUGUUGUCAGUCUUUCUACUAAACCAAAAUUAAAUGUUACUCAUUUCCUCUUUACAUUAAAUACCACAUUGUAAAAUCUUAUUCGACAGUCUGAUUGUAGUAAAUUAAACAAGAAUAUAGAAGUGGUCUAUCUAUUUGUAUAAACUAUUGAUCCUAUU